AGAGAGAGAGGCUUCAGCACCACGGAGAGCUCCGCACGGCGCGCAAAAAAAAGUCAAACAUCUGGAGGUGCGCGCGUCACGAGAAGCCGCGUGUCUGCGCGUCCUGACCCAAUCCACGGCGUGGAAGAGCCACAUCACACGCACAGCUACCAGCAGAUAUCAAAUAUGCUGCACCCACCGAGAGAACAUUUUAAAGUCAUCCGUCUACAAACUCUGUGAAUUGGCACCUGUCUCAGCUUUGACCAGACCCUGCAGCCUGAUUUGGCCAUGCUAAGCGCCGCGCUCUGCCCCAGUUUGUUGGCCAGUUCCUCCCAACGUUGGCCUCUCCACCUCCUCCUGUUGGAGCUUCUCAUUCCAGGAGUCCUGCCCAGCAUCUCCCGAUUGCCUCCUGCAGCCAAGCGUGAGAUCAUCAUAGAGGGUGACUUGGUGGUCGGAGGCCUGUUUCCAGUGCACGAGAAAGGCGAUGGCACAGAGGAUUGUGGAAAGAUUAAUGAACAGCGAGGGAUCCAGAGGCUAGAAGCCAUGCUGCUGGCACUUGAUGAAAUUAAUUCCAGUGAUCGCAUCCUCCCUGGGCUGCAGUUGGGUGCUCACAUCCUGGACACCUGCUCAAAGGACACCUAUGCUCUGGAACAGUCCCUUGAUUUUGUCAGGGCUUCCCUCACUAAGGUGCAUGAUCCAGGGUUCAUCUGCCCUGAUGGUUCCAGACCAAUCCAAAAUGAAGUUCCACUUGCCAUCUCAGGGGUCAUUGGAGGAUCCUACAGUGAUGUGUCCAUUCAGGUGGCAAACCUACUGCGACUAUUCCAGAUCCCUCAGAUCAGCUAUGCGUCCACCAGUGCAAAGCUCAGUGAUAAGACACGCUAUGACUACUUUGCCCGCACUGUACCACCUGAUUUCUUUCAGGCUAAGGCCAUGGCAGAGAUCCUGCGUUACUUCAACUGGACCUACGUGUCUACGGUAGCAUCAGAAGGUGACUAUGGUGAGACGGGCAUUGAUGCAUUCCAGCAGGAGGCCCGCUCACGCCAAAUCUGCAUUGCAACUUCAGCCAAGGUGAGCCGGUCAAUGAACAGGCAGGGCUAUGAAAAUGUCAUUCGCGCCCUCCAGCAGAAGUCCAACGCCAAGGUGGUUAUCCUGUUCACACGCAGUGAGGAUGCCCGUGAGCUGCUGGUGGCUGCUGCUAGAAUGAACGUCACCUUCACCUGGGUGGCCAGUGAUGGCUGGGGAGCGCAGGAGAGCGUGGUGCGGGGCAGUGAGACUGCAGCAGAUGGUGCUUUCACUCUUGAACUGGCUUCCUAUCCUAUCAGAGAGUUUGAAGACUACUUCACCAAGCUGAACCCUUAUACUAAUACAAGGAACCCAUGGUUCAAAGAGUUCUGGGAGCAUCGAUUUCAUUGUAGCCUCCAAGAGCCAGGCUGCAGUGAGUAUAGCCUAAGGGAUGGCACGUUUGAGCAGGAGUCCAAGAUCAUGUUUGUGGUAAAUGCAGUUUAUGCCAUGGCAUACGCUCUGCACAACAUGAGGCAAGCUGUAUGCUCUAAUACAUCCAAAGUCUGCGAUGCCAUGAAACCAGGUAAUGGCAAAAGAUUCUACAAGGAGUUCAUCCUGAAAACCAAGUUUGAAGCUCCAUUCAGACCUGCAGACACUGAAAGCAUGGUGCGCUUUGACUCGUUCGGUGACAGUAUCAGCCGCUACAACAUUUUUCAUUAUCACAAAGAAGAAGGGAAGUUUAUCUACAAGAAGGUGGGUUAUUGGGACCAGAACCUGACCCUGAACACCACCUUGGUACCCUGGCGUGGGCUUGUACCACCCACGUCCCAGUGUAGUGACCCCUGCAGGAAGAAUGAGGUAAAGAGUAUGCAGCCUGGAGAUGUGUGCUGCUGGAUCUGCAUUCCUUGUCAACCGUACCAGUACUUGCAGGAUGAGUUCACCUGUGCUGACUGCGGCUUUGGUCAGUGGCCCCUAGAAAACCUGACUGGUUGCUAUGAAUUGCCUGAAGAGUACAUCCGAUGGGAGGAUGCAUGGGCCAUUGGGCCAGUUACCAUCUCCUGCCUUGGUAUACUGUGCACCCUGACAGUAGUGGGCGUGUUCUUUAAGCACAAUGAGACCCCCGUGGUUAAAGCCAGUGGACGCGAACUCUCCUACAUCCUAUUGCUGGGAGUACUCAUGUGUUACAGCAUGACCUUCAUCUACAUUGCCAAACCUUCCACUGCUGUUUGUACACUACGACAACUGUGCCUGGGCACCUCUUUUGCUGUUUGCUACUCAGCCCUGCUAACCAAGACCAAUCGUAUCGCACGCAUCUUCAGUGGGGUAAAGGAUGGAGCGCAGCGUCCACGCUUUAUCAGCCCAGCCUCCCAGCUAGCGAUCUGUGGUGCGUUGAUCUCCUGCCAGCUGCUGGUGGCUGUAAUCUGGAUUCUCGUGGAGGUGCCAGGAGUGCGGAAAGAAGUAAGCCCGGAGAGAAGAGACGUGGUUACCCUCAAGUGCAACAGCCGAGACUCCAGCAUGCUUAUCUCUCUCACCUACAACUGCAUCCUCAUCAUGUUGUGCACAGUCUACGCCUUCAAGACCCGAAAGUGUCCUGAAAACUUCAAUGAGGCGAAGUUCAUUGGGUUCACAAUGUAUACCACCUGCAUCAUCUGGCUUGCCUUCCAGCCUAUCUUCUACGUCACUGCCAGCGACUACAGGGUGCAGACCACCACCAUGUGCAUCUCUGUCAGUCUCAGUGGUUCUGUGGUUCUUGGCUGCCUGUUCGCCCCCAAGAUCCACAUCAUCCUAUUCCAGCCCCAGAAAAACGUAGCCACGCUCAGGGUCACGGCGAACCGCUUCAGUGCCACCGUGUCUGCUUCUGCCUCGGCUCCCAGCUCCAGCUACUCCAAAGGAUCGGCCUCCAACUACAUGCCAGCAGUCUGUAACGGCCGAGAGGUGGUGGACUCGACAACAUCUUCUUUGUGAAAAAGGUUCAAAGCACCAGUCAACCUUUCAUCACACAGGGUCAUCUGUAACAAAGCCCCGUGUCAUCUGACACUGACAGGAUAACCGUGUUCCUACAGCGAACAGUACGUAUCAAAUGUAAAGCCCCCCCGCCCCCCUUUAUUGGUAUAGAUUCAAUAUGCUGUGAUCUCUUCGGUUUACAGAUAGAUGUGACUAAAUGCACCGUGCCUUGUCCUGCAGAAAUCUUGCUAACUGGGUGAUUGUGAAGCAGUUAUUUGUUAAAGGCUGUAUUUUUAAAUCUUGUCCUUACAGUGCUGUGAAUAUAUUCAAAUGUUUGACAUUGAGGGAAAAAAAAUGCUUUGAGAUGAAUAUAGCCCUUCUUUUAAACAAAAUGUGACUAACCAUAGUGAACGUUGUGAAAAUUAGCCAGCUAGAGAUAUAAAGGACAAUGUUUUAUUGUAUACUGAUGUGUGCUUUUACUGUAAUUUAUGUAAAUAAAGGUUGUUUUUU